AAGUGCUAACUGCCGCUAACCGCUUAAAGCUGCUUCUCUGCCCGUUUGUUGAUCGCUCUCUGUGGCUUAUUAACAGCCGACUUUUACCGCAGCCGGGCUCGUUCCUCGGGGGAGAUCUCACUUGUCGUCGCCGGGGAGAGACGGGCCGCUUUCUGACAGCGUCUCCGGCCUCACAGCGAGCAUGUCCGAGGCUCAUAUUCGGCGUCGGAGUUGAACUGAAAGGCUUUUCAGAUGUAGCUUGUUAGCUAGCUGCGUCGUACAGUGUACACAGGCUGCUUUUUGUUCUGCCCGUGGACAGCCUCUGCAUGGCAAAUUAUCACCACUGUUGACGACGGACAGGGCGCAGAAAAACUCUAUUUUUUGGCUGAGAAACGUGUCAGGAAUAAUACCACGGUUGUCAACCUCCAGCCCCCGGGGCUAACCCCCGGUCACCGACCGAAUUAAUGGCCGGAAAUCCGAGGAGGGGCGCCGGUCUCAUCGGCUUGAUGAAGGACGCCUUUCAGCCGCACCAGCAGCCGCUCCAGCCGCACCAACCUGCAGUGGUCGAUAAGAAAAUGGUGGAGAAAUGCUGGAAACUCAUGGACAAGGUGGUGCGUUUGUGCCAGAAUCCCAAGGUGGCGCUGAAGAACAGUCCGCCCUACAUCCUGGACCUGCUGCCGGACACCUACCAGCACCUACGCACCAUUCUAUCCAGAUACGAGGGCAAGAUGGAGAUCCUGGGGGAAAACGAGUAUUUCCGGGUGGUCAUCGAGAACCUGACCAACAAGACGAAGCAGACCAUGAGCCUUUUUAAGGAGGCCAAGGAGAGGAUGUACGAGGAGAACUCCCAACCCAGGCGAAACCUCACCAAGCUGUCCUUGAUCUUCAGUCACAUGCUAGCCGAGCUAAAAGCCAUCUUCCCCAACGGCCUGUUUCAGGGCGACAACUUCAGGAUCACCAAAGCCGACGCAGCCGAGUUUUGGAGGCGGUCGUUUGGGGACAAGACCAUCGUGCCAUGGAGGACGUUCCGUCAGGCUCUCCACGAGUUUCACCCCAUCAGCUCAGGUCUGGAGGCCAUGGCCCUCAAAUCCACCAUCGACCUCACCUGCAACGACUACAUCUCUGUGUUUGAGUUUGACAUCUUCACAAGGCUCUUCCAGCCUUGGUCGUCUCUUUUGAGGAACUGGAACAGUCUGGCAGUCACACAUCCCGGUUACAUGGCCUUCCUCACCUACGAUGAGGUCAAAGCUCGGCUGCACAGGUUCAUCCACAAACCUGGCAGCUACAUCUUCAGACUGAGCUGCACUCGGCUGGGCCAGUGGGCGAUCGGCUACGUGACGGCUGACGGGAACAUCCUGCAGACCAUCCCCCAUAACAAACCGCUCUUUCAGGCCCUCAUUGACGGAUACAGAGAGGGAUUCUACCUUUUCCCAGACGGCCGUGCACAGAAUCCAGACCUCACAGGGUUGUGUGAACCGUCUCCACAGGACCACAUCAAAGUUACUCAGGAGCAGUACGAGCUGUACUGUGAAAUGGGCUCCACGUUUCAGCUUUGUAAGAUCUGUGCAGAGAACGACAAGGAUGUGAAGAUCGAGCCCUGCAGACACCUGAUGUGUACUUCCUGUCUGACCGCCUGGCAGGAGUCGGAGGGUCAAGGAUGCCCAUUUUGCCGAUGUGAGAUUAAAGGCACAGAGCCAAUCGUGGUGGACCCCUUCCACCCGAAGGUCAGCGGGGCUUCCUUCGCUGGUUUUCAGGGGUCCAGCAGAGCUGAAGCUGCAGGCAAUGAUGAGGAAGAAGAUGAUCGGCUGGAAGACCAGCACCUUGUCAUGAGCAGGCUGGCCUGCACCAAGGUCGAGCGCCCACCGUCUCCAGUAUCUCAGCUGCCUCCGGUGCCUCCUCGACUGGACCUCCUGCAGCAGAGAUCCUCCAGCUCCCAUAGUGCACUGGGGCAGGGGGCAACGGCCAAGAUGGCAGCCACGCACCGAGACAAGCCUCUACCUCUGCCUCCAGCCCUGAGAGAGCUGCCCCCUCCUCCCCCUCCGGAGCGCCCCUCCCUGGUCGUUCAGGACUCCAGACUUCAGAGGAGGCCCCUGCCCUCCACCCCCGACCAGCCUGCAUGGGCGUCCAACUACAUGAUCCCACGGCCUGCGACCAAGGCUCCAUCAGCGCUGUCCUCCACCCCUCAGAGCAACGGGACCGGAGGAGAAGGAAGCAAACCCCAGGCUGCUACCAACGCUGUGUACUGUCUGGCUGCAAGGUCUCUGCCAGCGGCGGUGUUGUCGAGCGGAGAGAGGCCGUCGUCUGACUGUGAGGAGAACGAGUACAUGAGUCCCACCUCCCUGCCGGCCUCUGGGGCCCCCUGGGUCAUAACGGGCUCCUUGGUACCACCAGCGCCGACCCAGACCAACAACCACAACGACAUCAGCAGUGAGGUGGGCGACAGCGACUCUGAGGACCCCCAGGUCUACGAGUCCAUGUGUAACAUCCAGAACCAGGCUGGUUCCUCUGAGACGACGCAGGCCUCUGAUCUGGAUCACCCUCAACAUCCAGUCCAGGAGGAGACGGGUGUGGAGGACAUCUACGAGUACGACACCCCCCGGCCGGUCGUCCCUCCGGCCCCCACCAGAAGAGCUCUGUCGGACAUCAGCGGCCCCUCUGCAGCCUUCAGCACUCUCAGCAUGGACGGUGCAGUCGAAGCCAGUAUGUUUGCGGCAGGCGUCGACCCUGAACGUCCCCCCAAACCUCUCCCCCGUCGGGCCAACUCUGACCGACGGCCUCGACCGCUGAACCGUGAAUUUCCUCCCCCAUUGCCAGAACUCCCCGGUCCCUCCUCGGCCUCUUCUUCCUCCCCUGCUCCUCCUCUUCCUCCUCCUCCUGCUGCUGCUGCUGGCGGCGGCCCUGGAAGUCUGGCUCUGAACGGGGAGAUCGAAUGCCUGAUGUCGCAGGGCUACUCCAUCCAGGACAUCCAGAAAGCCCUGAUGAUCGCCCAGAACAACCUGGAGACGGCCAAGAACAUCCUGCGCGAGUUCGUCUCCAUCCCCUCCACGGCCCACAUUGCCACAUAGUCCAGUCCGGUCUCGCUUCACCCUCACCUUGUCCCCCCCGUCUCCACUCUGUGCCAUUACCGUGGAUAGCAUUUACCGAGCACUUUCCCGCAGGGCCGUGAGUGCUUGUCAAGAGGCUUUAGCGUGAGGCUGCGUUCACGUCAUAUCGGAAAGUCUGUCGCAAUCAGAGGUUGUUAUGUCUCAACAUGAAGAUUGAGGGUUUCAGCCCAACUAGCGAGAGCACAGUGUCCAUCAGGGGGUUGGUUUCAACUUUGCUUAUGACCGAUAUGACCUGAACGCAGCGCCCACGGAGAACCGAAGCCGUCGCCUUGGUCCGAGUACCUCCUCUCGUUAGGCUAAGUGUUGAAGCUCCAUCGAGCAGAUCGUCGCCUCUCGACUCCCCCCGCUGCUGGCAGCCGUUCAGUUUGGUGCUUUAUGGGCUUCUUUCGCAAAAUCGUGGCGUACGAAAUAUGUAGCGGUUUCCGGAAAACUUAGCGAUUUAGCUCCGUGGGGUGUGCGUGUGUGUGUGCUCAUGCUGAUGAAUGUUCAGUUGCAGUGCAGUAUCGCAGGGCUUCGUGUUGUCGUCGCCGCCGUGGCUCGCUCUGUUUCGAUGGUAUUCGACAAGUUGAACAUUAAUCUCAGCUCCCGGUUCGACGAAAUAACAAGUUUAAUGUUCCAGUGCUCUCAUAACGUGUUGUGCUGUGUGUAGUACUAACAACGGCUCAACUUGAGGUCGUCUAACUCUGUGAUUUCAUGCCGCCGUGUGAGGUGGUCCGACACUGAAGGCUGAUUAUUUAGUCGAGAUGCUUCUGCAGACUUUUAUCUUUUCCUAGUAAGAACUGAACGAACGUAAGCUGCUAGUUUGAUUCACAGAAUUUAUCUUCGCAUCACUGGGCUCACGAUACAUCACAUUGAAGGGAUUUAAGAGAAGGUUAUGAAUGAACAGAUGCUAAAGGACACUCACAGAUGACGGUAUCACGAGUUCUCCCUCAGUUUUAGCAGAAACAUUCCAGUGAUUGGAGGAUUUUUUAAGUUGCCUGUAUUAGAUUAACAUUAAGAACUCAUUCGCUUCUUCUUAAUUCAAGCUCUCGAUUUAUUCACCGUGGUUUCAGCAAUCCACCAGUCCUGGAUGAACAUCUCGUCACCUGGCAGUUUGUAAAACUCAUUAUGGGAUGGAUGCUGGAAAACCAACUCACCAGCUGGUCCUCAACCAGAUGGAACAGUGGAAAAGCUCAACACAAUUUAGAGAUUUUGGGAAAUGGCAACAAAAGCGACGAUAGAACUAGCACAUGCUAACUCGAUAAUCACAAACUUUUUUUUGAGGGUAAAAUUGUGAAAUAGCUCAUCAACUAUUGAGGAUCCUCUGAGGAUGAACCAUCUUAAUGUUCCCUCGUAGUGCCAUAAUCUGCUCAAAAUUCCCGUUAAAUGUCAGUGUUCUCGAUAUGAGACUCUUAUUGCUCAGGAAAUUGUUGACCAUCUGGUGGGUUCGACUUUCCAAUAAAUAAUAUUAUAAACUGCUGGUUUCAGAUCCGCAACACUCCAACAAAAUGUAGAAAUGAGUCGACUAAACGAUCCGCUAAAGUUGUAGAUCCUGCUGAAGUUGUAGAUCCUGCUAAAGUUAUGGAUUCCGUUUGUCGAUUUCGCUGAAGUUGUCAAUUGUGCGAAAGUUAUGGAUUCCACUAACGCCAUCGAUUUUGCUAAGGUUCAGCUAAAGGUCGUGGAAUUUCGCUAAGGUCGUGGAAUUUCGCUAAGGUCGUGGAAUUUCGCUAAAGUUGUGGAUUCUGCUAAAGUUGUCAAUUUUGCUAAGGUUGUCGAUUUCACGAAGUUGUGGUUUCUGCUUAACCCUUUAAGCUUCAGUGUACCGCCGGCGGUACACCUACUAAUUUGCAUAGGAAUUUCAAGAAUGUCCGACGGGUGCAAACGCGAUUAUACAAACACUAUACACCGAUGGAAAGCUUAGAUUCUCAUGAAUCCGCCGGUAUAAACCACUUUCAGAUGCGAUUACCACAGCGGGUGAGAAAAACACAUUUGUCCGACAAAAACAAAUAUUCAUCCAUCCGUUCUCUAUACACGGCUUCAACGCACACAGCGCGACUCACAUUUCCGGGUUUAUUAUUACACACAAAAAAAAGAUUCCACAAAAAACGGCCAUAAUCCAACCUUUUACAUCCAGAUGACACAAGCCAGUAAACUAUUUUGUCCAAAACAUGUCCUGAAGUCGUAUAAAAUCCCCGAAUCGGUCGUUUUCAAGGAAAUGCACCUCCCGAUGCACGUCCAAUAUUCCCCGUAUUUUUCGUAAUUUUUUUUAUUUAAAAAUAGAAUAUUAGCGAUUUUUUUGUACUGAAAACGGCUGGAAAUGACUGAAGCUUAAAGGGUUAAGUUGUGGAAUUUUACUUUAGUUGUGGAUUCCGCUUAAGUCUUCGAUUUCGUUAAGGUUGUAGAUUCUGUUAAAGUUGUGGAUUUCGCUCAGGUUGUGCUUUCUUUCCAGUGGACCAAAAGUGAGCAGCUUUCACUCGCAGGCACCUUCAUCUAGACGAGGCUGUCAAAAAACAUGUUCACGGGAGCUUUUAGAGCGAAGAUUUAAAGGCGUCAGAGCAGCCAAACGAUCUGAUUUCAGCGCAGAGAUGCUCCGUUUGGUUUCAUAUUUACCAGUCGGAGAUGAGUGGACGUCCCGGUUAACGUCCUGUUUAACUCUGAGUACUUUUUCUCCUUUUUCUGAACUAAAUGUUUAACUUUCUGCAUUAACAUGUACAGUAAAUGUGCCUUCUGACAGCUAUGACCUGCACAUGCCAGCAAACCAAAACCAACUGGAAGUUACAGCAGAUAUUCACUAACUCGACACAUUAGGUAGAUAGUUUGGUUUUUUUAAUUAUUAUUAUUAUUAUUAUUAUUAUUAAGGCCAAUAUAGACAUUUAAGAGUAAAUAAAACAACAACAAAUAUAUCAGUUUGUGUUUUUUAAUUUUGUAUUUUUAUUACGGAGUCCUUAAAUUUGGUAAUUAAAGAACUUGUGACCAAAUACGCAGCAAGCGGGACUUUUUAAGUGUUGGAAAAGUAACCGUCGGCGCUCUCUGGUGGACAAAACAUGUAACGGUGGAAUAGUUUGAGUGACCUCGGAUUUUUUUUUUCUUUGUCCCGACACAUCGUAGAGACUUUACGUUGCUGUUUUGACUUUUAAUUCUUGAUAUUCAGCCUGUUUUUGUCUUCAGUGUGCAGUCUGUGCUAAUAACUGGUGUAUUCGUCAGGCUGAUUUAACGCCCAUUUUAAUUUGAUUGUUAAUUUUCUGUUUCUCUUGGCAAAACAAUAGCAUGGCUAACAUCACUAAAACCUCUACAGAAAUUGUCCUAAAUCCACAGAAAUGUUUUCAGCUUUAACUUCCCCUUCCUCCCCCAAAACCAAAAGCAUUUUAAAGACAGAAUGUGUCGUCGGCGUCUUCGAGGAUCCAGACUCAGCUGAUUAAUCCGUGUGGUGUAACAACGUUAACUCGCCUUUUCAACAGGAACUUGCCUACUACUACUAAAAACAAAACAAAAAAAAGUUGUCUUCAUCGCUUUGUCGUUGCCUGUGUAGAUACGAUUUUAUUUAUUGUCUUUUUAAUAUCCUCAGCAUUCAUUGUGUUGCCAUGUUUUCAUGCCUAAGCCAUUAAGAUUUUUAAUUAAACUGUAUUUUCUUUAA